AAUUUAUAUUAGGGUUAAAACUAGCUAAGCAGCAAAUAACUGCACCAUGGCUUGUACAAAUGUUUAUGGUGCAACUCAAGAUCUGCAAGGUAUACACAUGAGCAACAUUGUGUCAGAUGAUAGCAGUGAGGGUGGAGCUGCCACUCCUCUCAGCAGCAAGAAGCUCCUGAAGAAGUUGAUGAAACUCAUCAGCAAAGGAUGGACGCAACAGAUGCUGGGAGCCUUAUUGAGUGCUGCUGAGCUGGCAAAGGAAGAAACUGAUCUGGAUGCUGGCCUGAUGCUCAUUAACAUCUUGAUGGAUGCUGUUGAAAAAUUAGGGAAUGAAGAACAAAGUCAUUUGUUGCGGACUUAUAUGACACUACAGGACCUGGCUGAGAAAGUUAAACAUGUGCCUGGUGAACAGCCUCUGUCUCAUCCCUACACUCAGAUUGUUGUCAAUUUCUGGGAGAGUCUGCAUCAGCAGCACUUGGUAUUGGUGCAGACUCUGCCUGGCUCGACUGACCACUUGCUUACUUGCCUGGGCCCUCGUCUCUUCAAGUCAGCCCUGUCGCCAUCUCUGUGUAAUCUGUUUCGCUUGAUCCGAUGUAAGGCGCUCAACGGCCUUCUAGAGCGCUGCUCAUCCCGGGGGCGGGGCAUGUUCCGAAGCUCUAACAGAAAUGCUUUCAACAAGCUGCCUGCAACUCUCGAGCAAGUGGGCGACUACGACUUCCAGACGAGCUUGGUAGAGUCGAUCUUCCGCCUGAGCGGCUGUAGUGAGCGCAGCGCCAACGUCACUCGUUGGUUCCCUCAGUUGCCCUGCACUCUCCAAGCACUCUUCACACGCAUUGUAGACUUUGAUCCGGACUGUCGCCGUUUUUUAAACGCAUUCAACAACUUUCUGGGACCUUCCCGCCUUGUGCACACGUAUGCGGCGACAAGCGUCACUUUAGGCUGCCUCAAAAUUGUCAAACCAAAUGCCACCUCCUAUGAACAAUUGUGGGUGGACUUCAACCUGGGUAGUGAGUCCGUCUCAGUGCUCUGUGACACCGCCGACUCGGAGAAACCCUCCCCCGAUCGAGUGUGGGAAACUGUCAUUGUGUACACUACAGAUGUGCUGCGAGGCACUUUGCAGCGCACACUUCACUCUGAUACUCUGUGCCUCAUGCUGAGCAAGCCUGCCCGGGACUAUUUCUCUUCACCUCCGAGUGUCACUUCUCAGGACAACUCAGCCGAAGACAUCCAUGAUCCAAAUCCUGUCUUCCGUCUGGUGUUUGAGCCUCCACUGCCUGAUAUGGUCACCGUCGCUUCUAAACUUUUUGGUUCUAACUUGCAGAUAGUGCUUAUGACGCCUAAAGGCGUGCAUACUCCAAGUGCCGCCACACCUCCGGCGUCACUGACGCGUGGCAAAGUCUCAGUGACACACAGCUUUGCUAGAGUGUCCCGCAUGCGCGCUCACUCCAGCCGCACCGAGACCAGCAACUCCAGCGACCGUGCGGACUCCAGCCCCGGCCUUGUACUCAGCCGCCGUCAACGAAGCAAAGGAAGUUCUGUCGGUGCAAGAAAACGACCUUCAGUUAGCCGACAGCGUGAAGCUCCUAUUUUUCAAGGACAAAUAACUGGCACGAUUACUCCCCCCCAAGUGGCGUCCUCUCAUCAAGCCAAGGCUUCGCUCAGCAACAACCUCGUGCGUCGCCGCGUCAUUGAUAAAACAAGCUUAUCGCCUGUCGAAACGCAAUCUGAUGAUUUCGUCCCUUCGUCGCUCAAGAAUGGAGCGCUAUCUUCUCGCGCGUUUUCAGCAACACAACCUUCUUCGCUAUCUCAUGUGGAUCUAACAGGAGCUUCUCAGCGGAGUAAGAAUCAAACUGAAGUCAAUGGUGUCAGUCCCUCAAUUGACCAGCAAAUCAUACCCGAAACUCCACCUGUUGACGCGUUGUUAGAGGAUGCUGUCGCCAAGAACGUUGAAUCUGGCGAAGUAAGAAUCAAUUGCACGCCUCGCUCUGCUUACAAAUCAACUGAUGUAAAUUUAGCUGCAUUCGAUAAAUUGAGUAUGGUUGGCACCACAUCCUGUCGUUCACACUCCGGCCGCCUAAUUAGCAGUGGAGGAUCAGGGUCAAGUAAAACCAUCUACCCUGACUCUUCCUCUCCUGAACAAGUCAAGAUUGCCGUGAGCGUUUCUAAUGAUCCUUCGUCCAUGCCAACCUCUUCUCAUCUUCCGAAGACCGUAAUUUCUCAUGAAGGACCUGGACAUGCCUUACCAAUUGCGUCUUAUUCCCAAAAGGAACUAAACUGCGGCAGAGAAAGCGAGCAACUUCACGAGAAUCAAGUGGACGUUCCAGGACUAAUACCUUCCAAUGAUGUUCUUCUGAACGACAAUAUAAAACUUGUUGAUUCUCAACGGGCUGCAGAUGUAGAUCAACGCUUCGAAGAUGAUAUUGUGCCGAGCUCGGUGCCUGAAGCUGGUGGCCAAUCUUUCGUGCCGACCGGACGCAGAGGCACACUCUCUCUGAAGAGAAAAUUAACCAAAGCACGCAGCGAGGACGUGGAAUCGGACAUAAUUUCUGCAUGUUCAAUUCCAAUGAUGCAUGCGAACGACAACGAAGUGAAAACAACAAAACCACGUGUUUCUGAGAAUCAGAAUGCCACAACGAACACAGUGAAUGUGUCCUCUGCUCCGGUGUUCCUGGUCUCGGAUGCCAAGAAUCAUGAUGGUUGUGGAACAUUAGAUGAGGAUAAUUCAGAAUUAAAAAACUCUGAAGGCCUUUCUGCAUCAAGCGCUCUGUCACCCGCAGUUAGAGUGUGUGAAGACGGGAAUUCUGUCCUCAUUGGCCCUGAUAUCUCUGUUCAAUGUGCGGGAGAUAAGCAAACUGCUUCUGAUCUCAUCAGUGGUCAUGAUCGUGGGGAAAUGUCGGUCCCUGAAUCCCCUGAAUCACCAGUGGGCCAAAACCAGACCUGUCUCACUCCUCCACAAAUUAUCAAAGACAAGGAAUCUCCGUUAGCAUCCCCUCAGAAAUCUUUGGAGAACAUUACCACCCGUUCGUCUAAGAGGACUUUAAAAGCUAAAAAUGGGGCUGCUAAUUCCACUAUAUCGCAUCACAAUCGUAGCAUGAAUAAAUUCCCAGCUUCAAAGUUGACAUUUGAACCGAUGCCCAAGAAAUGCAAGUACGAUGCCGACGUGUUCUGUAUGCGCACUCCUAAUCAUCCUCGGGACUCGUCUCUCGAAGCUUCCAACUGCCUCGAUGAUACUCGUGAAAACAGAUGUGAACUUAAACGAGUUAGUAAGGAUAUUUCGCCUGGUGAUGACAGCAAAGCCACGAAGAAGGUUGAUAAAUCCGUCUCGGAGACAACUGACCCGAAGAUAUUACUUGCGUACGUUGCACUGCGUCCUCUCGAAUCACCCAGGGCCAUUGAAGACCAAGCAAAAAAGUUCGAGUCUAGUCCUGCAGUCGUGCAGCCUUCUCAGGCUGAGGACCCCAUCGUAAUUAGGGAUACUGAAGUUAAUUCGUUUACUGGAGCUACAUGCAACACAAUCGUAUAUGACACUCUCCUUGUGUCUCACGACUGCUCAAAACUGCAGAGCCCUGUUGAAAAUUGCUCCAUAACUGACCCGGUUAAUGUUAGCUAUCCUUCACCAGCUGUCCACGACAAGACUGAGGAGGCUGAGCGGAGUCCUGUAGUGGCGGCCACCAUCUUGUCCACAUCUCAGAUGUUAUCGCUUCUGGAAAAAUCUGUUACGGAAUAUCAGCUUAAACCGAUCGAAAUGUCCAACGUGGAAAAUGCAAUAGUAAUUUCAAAUGAAGCAAAUUGCAAAAUUAAUAGCGCCAAGCAAACAAGUCAAGUGGAGGCUGGUUCCAAAAUACAAAACAUGGAAAUUUCAGAAGAUAUCAAUGCAAGGCUACUGUCUCAAGAAAGUGCGCAAGCACUGCCGUCUGUUGACGCGAGCAUGGCUGAGUCUCGAACUAUUAUUUCUAAUGCUGGCAUCGCUUUAAUGGAUAAUGUAGGCGACGUAGGUGAGUUAUCUGACUCUUUGAUCUUCCAGGAAAGAAUUGACGAAUUCGCUAUGGCUGAUGCCGAAUGUGAAAACAAGUCUGUUCCUGUGUUGGAAACAAGUUCCGUUAAAAGGGAUGUGGAAUUGAGUCGACUGACGGAAGUUCUUUGUUCGCCUAAAGCUAUCACUAACCUCGACACUGGAGUUCGCCAAAAUGAAGAAAGUCUCGAAUCCAAGUCCACGGCUCCUGUCGCAGUGGCUGGUGAUUCAAGCCCGGUGCGACAAGUCCAUUUGUCUCUUUCUCACCCCAUAGAUAUUUUUGAGCAAAAUCUUGACCAUGACUUAAAUGACGCCAUAGAAAUUUCAAAAAAAUCAACCGAAUUAUUCGGCUCGAAUUAUUCAAGCGAUUCAAGUUUACAUGACGUUUACAGCGACGUGCAUAUUUACGAAUCUCCAAUUGUUCGUCGCAAGAAACGAAAAUUUGAAAAGCCAAGCCUUAAAUUCAGUGACGCCACUAGUAGCAGUGGCGGACGUAGAAAAAAAGCUAAACGAGCCACGCAUGAGCUACCCGCCCAUUACAAACGGGCUGAGGGGGUUACCGAAAAGCUGAAGGCGCCGUUUAAGCUAACGACGCUGCCUAGCACUAGAUCUCGUGGCUGCAAGAAAAAGCUCUUCGACUCCUCCACCUCAAUUUUGGAAGAAAUUCCGCCUGUGGACAGUAUUGAUAAAGUGUACCACCGCUCUGAAGCAUCGCUCAUGUUGAGCGGCAUAGCGCCCAUCGGGAGCAGCCUAAACGAAGAAUCGUCGCAUAAUUUACAGGAAACUGAGUUGCAACACAGUCGCAAGCAUGAAAUACAUACCUCACGCAAAGAAUUACCUGGUAUUGUGAAAGCACAGGCUACCGCUAACAGUUCUGCCUUCGUCGCCAAUGAAUCGUCCCAAACAUUUAGCGCGGUGAAAUCUCCCCCUUCAUCUCGGCCUAGAAGUGUGAGAAAGAAAAAAUUUUUCAAGAGGGAUGCCGAUGAGGUUAAGUUUUCCCCUGAACCACUAGACGAUCUUUCUGCUACAGGGAGGGCACAUGGAAGGCGAUCUACUCGGCUUGCAUCUGAAAAGCGUAACAGUGGAAAUUUCUCUGAAAAUAAGGGCCUUUUCUUCGACUCGGAUGACACUCGUCUAUCCGCGGGGGACAGAGAGGCUCAUCACGCCUCUAUCUUCUCCGACGUUGAUUCUUCCAGCGGCCGGAGCUGGUUUUGCGGUAAACGCAAGGACAUGAGCCUCUAUUCUAAGAAAUACGUUGGGAAAAGCUAUCUAAAAAUACACCGUAAAUCCACAAUAGAGAAACAUUCUUCAAGUGGAAAUGAGAGUCAAGCGUCACAGUUAAACCGACCGAGAACACGAUUUUCCGAGAAGAGGUGUAAGAAUCCGUCGCGUCGUGAGGAUUCGACGCGCCAAGAGAAUAAAACGCUCCGAAAGUGGCCGACGCGUCAAGGCCAGGAGGUGAACAAACGCCGUAAGAAUUCAUCUCUAUAUGCCGUAUCAUCAACUUCCGAAGAAGAAAUAACUUUCUAUCCACGUCUUGCAAAGAAAGAAUGUGAAAAAGAAAAUUCAGAGAAAGUCCCUAAAAGGAAUGCUCCAAGGUCAGCGAAAAUGGGCAAGUCUUACAAAUGUUCAUUUCCUGUUGCCGAUAAGCUAACUGAUAACUCCUCUGAGGUGACUAAGAAUAAAUUGAUGGAAGUCUCGCAGCCUAGCGAAAGAAGCUGGGCAGACAAGACCUUGCAAGAAAGAUCUUCUAUUGAAGUUUUACGGGACGCCAGCCCCAGUCCCGCUGACUUGUCGCUGAAAAUUUUCGAAUGCGAGGAAGAAAAGCUUAUUUGGGAUCCACAAAUUUCUCCAGUUCAAAAACCCUUUGUGAUUUCUGACGAACUUGGUGUGAAUAAAAACUUAACUGAUAAGAAUAACAAAGAGAAUCUGAAAGAUACAGAUAUAACUGAUGAAAGUAUCAUCAAAGUACAUUCAGCUGCAAAGGUCUCGGAUGAUUUUCAGGACAGCGUGCAAUUGCCUCAAGCCGAAAAGUUGGUAAAGUUACUUGAAAAUGUUUUACCUAGUGUCCAGCGCCCAGAUAAUGCGCCAAUUAAGAAUAUUGGCCAUCCUGAGGCAGCUCGACGGAGACAUCUUCAAGUUCCUCCAAACACUCCGUCCUCCGUGUCUCCAUCAACGUUGAUUGCCUCAGGAGAAAUCAGCUCGAUUGGUGUGUCACGAGGCAACGGGAACAGCAAUGGUCCGCUCGAGAGCACUCACCUCGAUGACGUUCGAGAAGGAGGAAACAACCGAAAGGUUGCCUUCUUACCUGGUGCUUGCGGCGCCUCUCCGAAUUUGGCUGCCAACGAGAACCAAGACCAAUCUUCAUGUGACGGCGUUGCAGCCUUUACAUCUAUACAGAACCCCAGUCAGUUAAAAGUGAAAUUUGAUGCGUGCACCUACGACGUGAUACAAGUCUCUGAUGGCAUGAUUCCUGAUGUUCAUUCUUCUGACACCUCUUCUGCUGCAUCACCCACUCGCAAGACGAGGAUCAAGAUACGAACUGCUUUGCCUCAUGCGGAAAAAAUCCCUCCAGAGGCCAUUCUGUUUGACGACAUCUGCCAGGAAAAUGUUGAUGAUAAAAACAAGUCUGUAGAGAUUAAGCAAUCUUCUGGUCUUGGUUGUCGUUCCAAAGUUAAUUUUAAUAAUGAACCUUCAUCUAUCUAUGCGUCAUGCUCCGGAAACCCAUUGACAUUAGACAAUAACUCUGAUAAAAAAGUAGAAAAUUAUGAAUCGAUUGCGAGUAAGAGAAAGUCGGUGCAGAACGCCCCUGCUUCAGCUGAACACGAGGACCAGCUUCACGACAAGGCCAUAUCGCCAUCGACUUCAAGUGGGUGUCGCUGGAGUCUCGAGUGUGCCCAGCCAGCGCCCGUGGUUGCUCAUCCCCCAGCGACGGCUGCUUAUUCAGAUGUUACCCGACUUAACACUAAUCAGGAGAACGCGACUCCAAAGCGGAUGGACGGUCGAGUUUUGUUCGGAUCUGCUGCUGAUGAGUUGUGCGAUGGUUCCCUACGAGACGACCUGCUUGGUGCACUCGAGCUGCCGCCAUCGCGCGGUCAAGCGGGUAGCUUGCGUCGCGGCCAACUGCUACUCCUGCGUGACUUGCUUGGCUCCUUCGUGCAGGAUGUCAACACCAGGGCAUCUCAGAUUCUCGAUGUGGUGAACGACCUUCUUGAAGAAAAUAUUCAGAACUAACUCUGACGAAGAUGUUUUCCGAAGCUGAAGUACUUAAUUCAAAUCACUGGAUUCAUCAUUCCCAGGAUUAGUUUGAGAGCGUUUAAAUAUUUAGAUUGAAAUAAUCGGCUGAUCAUCUCCCCUGCCCUGAAGAGAGCAGUUCUAUCAAAUUAAAUUUUGUGCUUUGGAGUAUAAUGAAAGACUUUCUUUGUAUGAUAUCAAUGGACCUUUAUGUUGUUGUAUCUUUGUGUUCAACGGCGAUCGUUUAGACUGCAACUAGGUAUUUGUUCUUGACAAAUUGACAUUAGAAAUUACUUGUUUGAGUAAUUUCAAGGAUAUUUUUAUUUAGGCUUACCUCAACUAUUACUGUACGAUUCCAUCUAUUAGUUGUCCAUCAUGAACUCUGCUGGACGGUGCUGUUUAUAUGUUCUCACUGUUUGUUCCGUCUUGCUCUCAGCAGCUAUUUUUAGGUUACAGGCUCCAUCAGAGUCUUCUAUUUUUUAGUUUGAUAAUCGGACAUUCGAUGCGUCACUUGAAGCUGGCAGGAUAUUUCCAGGAUACUUAGUUUUGUAUGGUUUUUUACGCUGCAACAAUCAUUAUUCUUUCGAUAUUUUUCAAUGAGCCUUAAAAGACUUUUUUAAGCGUUGCGGCUCGCAGGUAUUGGGAAAAUACUUCAUUGAACUUAUGCUGUUGGUACUUAAGUGUUUCUCUCCGAAGCCCUGGAACAGAAAUAACGAGUAUUUGAUCUAAUUAGCGUCUGGGUAACUUGCAUACAUUAGAAAUAUAUAUAUAUUUUACCAUCUUAAGAGAGAGCAUUUUUGAACAUGUCUGUUACACGCGGAACUAAACAUUUCUUGUUAGUCUAUUAUUGACCAUUUGUAGAGUCUGCCUUUUUCUGAUUUUUUUUUUUGUCUGACUUUCAUCUCCGUAGUACGUAAGAAGUAUUUAUGAUUUUUAAAGGUUUUUUAUUUUUUAUUUUAUUAUCUGUUUGCUGCAUUAGGCUUGAGGCCUCGUAAUGUUUAUUUCUACGGUAGUUAGAACAUUUUUUGGCCAGUCCUAAAGUAGUAAAGUUGGCUGUAACUUUUCUUAUAUUCUUUGUUUCGUAUCAUUAACGCACCAUCUUCAACAGCAAUAACGAAAAAUUUUCACUCUUUCGCAUCAGUUUAAUAUUAUUUUUUCAUCGUCUGAAAACUUUUGACUAAAAGUGCGGAAUUAUAUUUACCAGAUUUUCAGUGUCUGCCAUCCACCAAAUUGAUUUAUUUUCUUGUAAACGAAGUUAUGUUUUUAAUAACAUUUGAGCAACAUGGAUGUGAAGAUAAGCUGUUCAUUUCGUUUGGAAGGCGCAGAGUAUUAGUGUUUAAGCCAUGGUUUUGUAUUGCUUAAUAAAGAGUUUUAUUAGAACA